GCUAUCGCGCCCUGCCGUGUGCUUCUAGAAUCUUAGCUCUUCGGGGUCAACCUCUCCUUCCACGCCAAGGAAACGGGAUCUUCCUGCAACCCCCGAGACAACCGCUGAACGGUCACCCAAUUUAGCGUUGGGGCCCGGACGUUCCCUCGAUCGAAUGUACGAUGCUCGACUUCUAGGUCUUGAGUACAACGCAGGAUAAAUCGAUUGGUCAUCCCUGCCGGUCGCUGCCGAGCGCUGAUUGGCUUGGGCUUGGGAAGUGCGGAAACGGCCGGCGCGGGGGGCGUGCCUGGCGCAGGGAGUCCCGCGGCGCCGAGCUGCCCGAGGGUGCCGGGCGCUGCCGCUGCGCGGGCGCCGGUGCGAGCGAGGCUCUCUCGAAGAAACCCAAACGCGUCGCGGGGCCGCCGUGCGCCCCGGGGAGCACUGGAGGCGGGACCGGGGCUAAGAACUCCCACAGUCUUCACUCCGCGUUGUCGAGGACGCAUUUGAAAUCGUUCCCCGACCUGGCCGUUCCUCCGAGGCCCUCCCCAGGCGCCCAGACUCUGUGCAGGCCGUUGCUAAAACUCCUCGUGAGUCUUGACCACCCCUUCAGUCUCCGUUGUGAAGCGGCGCUUUUCAACCCCUGCGCGUUUUCAGAAGUCCAUCGCAAGCGGUGAGAAUUCGGUGGGUCCCCAGCACCCCGUGCAGCGGCUCCUGGCCUCAGUGCUGCCCUCUCUCGGCGGGGAGGGGUUGGGUGUUUUGGUAGCGGGCGUUGAUCUGAUCUCCAGCGUUCCUGCACCUGAGUUCCCACUCCACCCAAACCCCUUACCCUCUGCACCAGUGUUCCAGCCACAGUGCUGGCUUGGGUGGGGGUGCGUGCGGCGAUGACGCCAAAAUUGGAGGUCCCUCGUUUCUGAGAGCGUCUCUUUUAGAGCAGUGCAAACCUGAAACCCCUCCUGCCAAGAAACAAUUUCAGCUCCUCCUGGAUUAAAGCCUUUGAGAAACAAAGCUGAGUACAUCUGGAGUGUCGACGACUUGUUCCAAGCCACACGGCCGCAUAAGGACAGGGGUACAUAACAAGUUCUUCCAAGCUGUGAUCUUAACAAGGAAAACCUGGGACGCAGCUGCUUGAUGCACAUCGAGUAUGUCGACGCUCUACUUACGAGGCCUGGGACAGCGAGCAGGAUCAAUCCAUUGCUUUUGGCUGCCUGCGGAGUGCUGAUUGGUCCCCGCUCAGGAAACGGAAGAAAGAGGCGGGCGUGCGCGCGCGGCUGCGCGGGAAGCAGUUUCCCUUCUGGAGAUCAUGGCGUCGCUCAAUUGCAGCAGCGUUUUGUGCGUGAUUUGCUUGGAGAAGCCCAAAUACCGCUGCCCGGCUUGCCGCGUGCCCUACUGCUCGGUGGCCUGCUUCCGGACGCACAAAGAACGGUGCAACCCUGAAACUCGUCGUGUUGAGAAAAAAGUAAGAUCAGCUCCUCCUACCAAAACUGUGGAAAACAAAGAUGAUGAUGACUGUAUAGCUGAUUUUCUCAAUAGUGAUGAGGAAGACGACAGAGUUUCUUUGCAGAAUUUAAAGAAUUUAGGGGAAUCUGCAACAUUAAGAAGCUUAUUGCUCAAUCCACACCUCAGGCAGUUGAUGGUCAGUCUCGAUCAGGGGGAAGACAAAGCAAAGCUCAUGAGAGCCUGCAUGCAAGAACCCUUGUUUGUGGAGUUUGCAGACUGCUGUUUAAGAAUUGUGGAACCAUCUAAGAAUGAGGAUUCUUAACAUGGACUACUGUGCUGCUUGCUUAAGCUCAUGCUGGACUCCCAGAACCUGCUUACCCCCCACUCUCUCCAGGAGACCAGCUCGUCUGGGGGGCCCCAGGUAAAAAAGAAGUUUCCAGGAUGCUGGCUGACGUAGGCUAUACAGGCCUUUACAGGCAUGGACGUGGGCUUAUGUUUCAGGCAGAUGUGGGGUCCUUAAGGUGGCAAAUCCUUUAUGGAGAGAAAACCUGACAUUCAGAUGGUUCUUAAAGGUUUUACUUUGGGUACCGUUGACAGGCAUCAUAAAUGGUAUCAACUUUAUGCUUGAUAUGGAGCUAAACUUGAACAGUGUUACUAAAUAAAAUCAAGAUGUGAUUUUAUUGUA